GCGUCUCGCUCCCGUUGCUCAGUUUGUUAAGGUAGGCUAGGCUAAAGAAGGCUAGUAAAGCCAAGUCAAGGGAAAGGCAGGCUUGCCCAGACAGACAGGCUUGGCUCUUUUAAGCUGCGAGAAAAUAGACUGAAAUGUUUUGUCAAAGCGGCCUGUCGGCGGCUGUGCUGCUUGCGGUGCUGCUAGGAAGAAGUGAGUCUCUGAAAGAAGGAGAAUGUGAAGUGUGUGUGACGUUUUUGGGAAAGUUCUACCAGUCUCUUCAGGAGCUGAAAGUGGACUUCAACAGCGAUAACAUCGAGAAGGCGCUCCUGAAGAGCUGCAAUGAGGCCAAAGGGAAAGAAAAUCGUUUUUGUUACUACAUUGGGGCAACCAGCGAUGCUGCCACAAAGAUGAUCAACGAAGUGUCCAAGCCGCUCAGCUACCACGUCCCUGUGGAAAAAAUCUGUGAGAAGCUGAAGAAGAAGGACAGUCAAAUCUGUGAACUCCGAUACGACAAGCAGCUGGAUCUGAGCUCGGUGGACCUGAAGAAGCUGAAGGUGAAGGAUCUGAAGAAGAUUCUGGAAGAGUGGGGUGAGUCGUGCAAAGGCUGCGCUGAAAAGUCCGACUUCAUCCGCAAGAUCACCGAGCUGAUGCCCAAGUAUGCCCCAGCCGCCGCGAGGACUCGGACUGACCUGUGAGGUCACAUUGACUCUGUACUUCUCUUUGUCUCACACACACACACACACACACACACACACACACACACACACACAAUUUCAGGGUGAUCUUUCAGUAGAUGGGGUUUCCCUUUCAUCCCUAUCGGACCACAGCGUCUUACCCACAACCUCCAUGACCAUUUGACCCCUUCUGUCACCUUCCAAUGUGGUGAUUUGACUACGCCCUCCCAUGUUUAGGCUGUUAUCACUGCCCUGACGUCCUCAGUUUGUAACUUAAAAGUUUCUAUUUGCAUUAAAACAUUUUUUUACAGCA